CAUAAGAUAUAUAAGAAGAAGCAAGCACAGAAUCAUCAUCGCUUACUAAUUCGUGUGGAUACGUGUGAGCAUUUUUCUGAAAGCGUCAGACUCGCUGAGACCUAACUAUGGAGACCACACGGCCAAGCGAAGGAGACAAAACAAGCGAACCAAAUUGGAGCGAGCGAGUGGAGGAUCUCGUAGCAGCCGGAGAUGUCACGGCGGCGAUCUCGUUUCUCGACUCUCUGGUGACCAAUCUCCAGUCGCGAAUCGGUUCUUCCUCCGCCGGCGAGAGAACGGAGUUUGGGCUUCAGUUAGCUGCCGCUCUCACCCAAUUGGCGGAUCUCUACUCUUCUCAGGGACUUUCCCUUAAAUCCGAUGAGCUUCGAACUCGUUCUUCCCUCAUUAAGCAACGUGCUCUCGAUUGUGAUCUUGCUUCUUCAAGGGUUUAUAAUUGCAGAGGUUCCGGUGAUGUAGAGAAUCAAAUUAUUGCUUCCAAUGGACUCAAGUCUGACUCAAAUGUCUCACCUGCUGAUGGGAAAACAAAGGAUACAACAAAAGCCGUCAGCAAUAAUGAUUCUUCAGAUGAUGACUGGGAAGCACUUGCAGAUCUUGAACCUAGUAAAUUACUUCCCGUAGAAGAGUUGCCUGAAAUAUCAAAGCUUUCGGUUGAAGAACCUAAAGUUCAAGGACCUAAGAGACGUGGACGGGGAACUUUUACUUAUAAUAGGGAUGCGAUGUACAGUGAUCGAGACUUUUCUGAGUCGAGGUUUGAUGAUUCAGAAGAUAAUGAUACAUCUCAUGAUUCACAGAAGAUUGAUGAAGCACUGAAGUCCAAGUAUGGCACACGCCAUGUCCUCGUACUUGCUGGUUUUUCUCCAAGUUUAAGAACUACUGAUUUGGAGAAGCUAUUUAAAGACUUCAAAGAUAGUGGACUUAUCAUUCGUUGGGUCAAUGAUACAACAGCACUUGCAGUCUUCAAAACCCCUUCAGCUGCUCUAGAGGCGUGCAACCAUGUUCAAUGUUCAUUCACCGUACGUGUUCUCGGUGAUCACGAUUCUCUUCUGGGCUCGAUUUCUGGAAAAGAUUUGGAACCGCCGUCUCAAAGACCAAAGACAUCAGCGAGAACAGCUCAACGAUUGAUUGCUCACAGCAUGGGAUUGAAGCUACCAACAUCUGGAUUCGGAUCUAAAGAGCUAAGAGACCAAGAAGCUGCCAGGAAAAAUCGGAUUGUCUCCAGACAGAAACAAAGGGAAGAUGCUUGGGGAGAUGACUGACAAAUAACCAAAAAGUUUGGUUUGCUCAUUUUUCAGGCUUUACGGGGUCUAUAUUUUGUGUCUGCUUAUUGGUAUAUACAACCUCAAUCCCACUUGAGUGAUCCUUAUAAGCAUUUACUAGUGUGUGUGUAGUUUUUUGUGUACCAAAUGAAAUUGUUUGAAAGCUUUUAACGGAAAUGGGAUCGAAACCGGUUAUUAUAAUAUCAUCCAAAGAUCAAGAAUCUCCUGGUUUAUAGAGGGGCAUUAAU